AUGCCCCGGCUAGCGAAUUCCCCACCUGGGCUAUCCCGACAAAGGUCUCUUCUCAGCGCCUUCCGUUUGAAGAAGCAACCGGCCAAACCAGGCAAGCCCCUACAAAUCUCCGAUCCCAUCCUUAUCACGUCUGACAGCAUGGAUUCUGAUCGAUUCAGUGCGUAUCUGUGCGAGAGCGCCCGCACACCAGAGUGUCAAAUCGACCAGCAAUCGUUCUCCCCAGCCUUCCUUGCCUCGGAUUGGACCGGCUCGUCGCCCAGCCAGUGCAACUCUCCGCCAGAUCUAAUUGACGCCGAAUGGUGUCCAGACUCGCCCGGAAGCUUCGACUUUAGGGGCCACAGCCGUGACAACUCGGAAUCAACCGCGUACUGGUCCAGCGUCAAGGACGACGACGAGGAGUCCGUCUACUCCACGCUGGAUUCUGACUAUGUCAGCGGUGACGAAGACUGCGACGCCAUGGCCUACGAGUCUCCGUCAAUUCACACGGUCGAGCGGGUUUACUUCCGCAGACCCUCUGUUCAGUCCAUCUGGCACGUCAGCGAGCCUUCCUCCAUCGUGGUCUAA